AUGCAGAGGCUUGAAAUAAUGAUCAAAGCCAGGCAGAAUAAGGAGCUAAUACAAACAAACGAAUGUGUACCUGGAUGUGUGUGUCCUGAAGGUAAAGCUGAAGAUGACAGUGGAAACUGUGUUUUGACCGAAAAUUGCCCUUGUCUAUAUGCAGGGAGUAGUUAUGCCAAAGGAAAAGAAAUCCAACUUGAUUGCAGCCAGUGCAAAUGCCAAGGUGGUUCAUGGAGCUGCACUGAUAAGCCAUGCCCAAAGACCUGUCAAGUUUAUGGUGAAGGUCAUUACAUAACAUUUGAUGAUUUUCGAUUCACGUUCGAGGGUAAUUGUGAAUAUAUAUUUGUUCAGGGAGAAGAAAUACAUUUGGAAGAUGGGAAAGUAAACGUGUUUGGUGAAAAUACAAAUUCAAGUUGCACAGUUGAUUCUUAUUCACUUCACACUGUUGGGCUUUAUUUAAGCCUGACAUUCACCAAUGGAAUCACUGUGAUUUGGGACAAACACACAAGGUUCUCAGUCACACUUGAUAAACACUGGAAGGUUGACCCUAACCCAUACUAUGAAGCUUGUCUCCAAGAAGCUUGUGCUUGCGAUAAAGAGGGGAAGUACCUGGGUUUCUGUACUGCUGUAGCAGUGUAUGCAGAGGCUUGUAAUAAAGCUGGUGUUUGUAUUCGCUGGAGAACUCCUGAACGAUGUCCUGUUUACUGUGACUAUUAUAAUGACGACAAUGAAUGUAGCUGGCACUACAAGCCGUGUGGAACAUUGACAGCUAAAACAUGUUCGGAUCAUACAAUUAAAAAAAAGCUCUCUGCAGUUAUUGAAGGCUGCUAUCCAAAGUGCCCAGAGACGGCUCCUUAUCUGGAUGAAAAUAUCAUGAAAUGUGUCCGUCUCCAUCAGUGCACCUGCCUUUACAAUGGGCAAAUAUAUCAUGCAAAUGAAAACAUAAUUGGCUGUGGAAACUGGUAAAGUGCUUUACUGUGC